CUGGAGCCGAGGAUUUCUCGGCUGCCGUGGUUGGCAGCGCGGCGCCCUCCCGGUCACGCUGCGCAGCGGGGCCAGCAUCGCACCCCGGCACCACCGCACCGCACCGGCCCGCUCGCUGCCAUGGGGGCACGAGGGCUCGGGGUGACUUUCCUGGCUCUGCUUCUCGUCAUCCGAGCAGCUGCCGGAGGGCAGUGGUGCUACGAUUCGCAGGACCCCAAGUGCGGCCCCAGCCACUGGAAGGAGCUGAAGGCCACCUGCGGAGGCAGCCGGCAGUCGCCCAUCGACAUUGACCGGCGUCGGCUCCGGAGGGACGGCCGCCUCGGCGACAUCCUCUUCGAGGGCUACAACCAGGCCCCUCCGGGCAAGUGGAGGCUCACGAAUGACGGGCACACAGUGGUGCUGAGCCUGCAAGGCGCCUCGGCGGCCGAGCACAUCAACAUCACCGGCGGGGGCCUGCCCGGCACCUACCGGGCUCUGCAGCUCCACUUCCACUGGGGCAGCCUCGCCGGCAACGGCUCCGAGCACACCCUCGACGGGCGCCAGUUCCCCAUGGAGCUGCACAUCGUCCACAUCAACGUCAACUACCGCACCCUCGGGGAGGCCAAGGGGCACCCGAACGGGCUGGCCGUGCUGGGCUUCUUCUUCCAGGUCUCGGAAACGGCUAACUCCAACUACAACACCAUCGUGGCUGGCCUGAGGAACGUGUCCUACCACGGGCACUUCGUGGAUUUGGCCUCCACUUUCCGCCUGAGCAACCUGCUCCCGAGCGCCGGGCAGCUCUCCAAGUACUACCGCUACCAGGGCUCCCUGACCACCCCCGACUGCAGCGAAGUCGUCGUCUGGACGGUGUUCGAGGAGCCUGUGCCUAUCGGCCGGGCACAGCUGACGGCAUUCAUGAACACCGUCCACUUCCCAGCCGCCGGCUCCACGCUCCUCAAAAUGACUAACAACUUCCGACCACCACAGCCCCUGCGCCGCCGCGAGGUCCUGGCCUCCCGCGACGCCACGACCAGCCGCGGGGGACGCAACCAGCUGCUAUCGGCCCUGCUCCUGCUGCCGCUGCUGGGCCCCGCUGCAACGUGCCGCUCCUAGGGCCCCAGCCUCCAGCCGCGCCUCCCUGGUGCCCACCUCGCUGCCAAGCGUUGCGUGAGAAACACCAUGCUGCAACAGAGGCCAUUACCGAGCGGCAUCGAUGCCUGUCCAAUUCCAGACCUAUCGAUGGGGUUCGAUAUCGAUAUCAAUAUCAAACCCUAUCGAUAGGCCCCCAAACCGCUCGCUCUCCGCAGGCAUGCAUAGCUUUGGCUCUGGGGCCGAUGCUGCUCUCGGGAGGCGCCGCUGACCAUCGACAUUGACCGUUUUUCAUGCCGACGGGCCUUGACGAGUAUCGACGUCCCUGCCUAUCGCGUGGGCCCCACAUGCACAGCGACCGCUCCCUCUCGGCACGCAGCGAUCCCUCUCGAUCUCGAGAGGCCUCAAGGCCGCUGGAUUUCCACACCUACGUAGAGGGAUCCAUCGCCCUAGGUGCCAAUAGUUGUCGGUAACUGUCGAGAUCCAUCCCUGCCGAUAGUCAUCGAUAGCUCUCGCUCUCGACAGCCGUCUGUGGCUUUCGCUCUGGGGCCGAUUUUGCUCUUGGGAGCCAUCAAAGGGGCUCGCUGUCGAUCGCUCUCGAUAUCAAGCGGCAUCGAUGCCUGUCCAAUUCCAGACCUAUCGAUAAAGCACUCCUAUCCCCCAGUGACUGCGAUCAUGGUCCUGCAAUGGCAGCCUCAUCUGCCAGCAUUAACUGGUCCUCAUCCAGGGUUGUGCUCUCCUGUGGACGGGGCAGGGAGGGCAGCUACGGUCCUGCCGGCCAAUAACGUUCCUCCUGUUGUUGCUGGAGAUCGCUAUCAAAGAGGAGCUCUUGGAGCUCCCUGGUUCUGCUCCCUCUUCCCAGCUCUCGUUUUCCAGGCUGACUACAGCACACUGCCCUGUCCACAGUCCCUCACUGGAUAAUGGAGAUGUGUUGAUGCUGACAGAGAGAAAUAAUUAAGAGCUGCUUUCACGCCCCACGGAGUUCAGCCAGCAUGAUUUCCUCAGCUCAUGCCAGGCACCCUACCCGGGAACGGGGAAAGAUGGUGGAGGUUGCCGGGAGAGGGAUCGGGACUCUGCCUCACUCCUUGGCGCUAGUGCCUCUGCAUUUCGGUGGGGAUGGCCGGUGUUGAGGACGUGUGCUGGCACGUGGUGGAGCUGUGUGCUGCCACCCACGGCUGCCGAACCCCCUCCGCGCCACAGAGGCGGCUGCUCAGCUAGGUCAUUGCCGCAGUGCUCCAACCGGUGCUUGCUGGAAGCAGCGACCUUGCUGGGGGGCCCUCGGGUGCUUGACCGUCCAUUAAGGACUUCAUUAGUGCAGUAAUGGCCCCGGCCGCGCCCCCGCUCCGUGCAGGGAGACACGAGUGUGGCUCGUUACGCCAAGGGCUCGUUAUGGCAGGGGCCCCGGGGAGAGCUGGGGCUGAGGGCAGGAGAGGGGUGCGGGAGUGCUCCUCCAAGGAGGCCCAGUCCCCGUGUGCAAUCAGGAUGUGCUGGAGCAGAAGCCUUGCGGGGACGCCAGUGCACGCUGGGGCCGGGGGCAAAGCACUGCAAUGAGCCCUGGCACGGCUCGCCCCAGCCUGCAGCACCCUGGCCUGGCGUGGCUGUUGGGAACCCCUGCCUGGGAAAGCCAGGACUAACCAGAGAGCACGGGAAUAGCCAGAGAGCACAGAAAGCUCCCCCACUGCGGUCGUAGGGUUUGUUUCUGGGGAACUGUGAGAGCCUAACAGGCACCAUGGGGAAAAAUCCUCCCUUUCUUAGCAGCGGAGCUCCUGGGGCGAUGGACGUGGGCUCCCGCGUGGGCCACGGUGCUGAGCUAUGGUGCUGCAACCCCCAGGCCAGGCUGCCCCAGCCCGGCUCCCCUGACGGUCACCACCGAAAUCUCAGCUGAGUACUGGAGAACCUGGCACAUCCCACCCUGAACCAGUUGGUGCUGGUGGCUUCCUAAUCAGCAGCAGGACCAGGGGGGUUUUGCACCUCCCCUGAACCGGCCUGGGAGUGGGGACCUCCUGCUCCCGGCUGGGAACACGGCCAGGCGUGCGGCUCCGCGAUGGGGCCUGCACGGUGUCGGCUCUGCUGCGCGGUGGCUGUGCCUGGCUUGCAGCGCCCCAGUUUGUUCACCUGGGCUUUGCACUUUGGCCUCUCCGCUGCAGCCGGUGUUUCCUCUCCACUUUGCGCUGCCCGGGCUGGUGCUUUUGGCUGGUGUUUUCCCUGGGGAGGGUCCAUCCCGGGGCAGCUCCGGAUCUGCGGUCAGAUCGAAACCUGUCGGGCGCGUGGCGCGGGGCUAGUUCCCAUUCUGGGCUCACAGGGCGCCGCGGGCGCCAGCCAAGCGAAACCCGCCGGCCCGCAAAGCCCAUCGGCCGCGAAAGGGAAAGCGUGGCAGCUCCUGCGAGCCCCCCGGCAUGGGGCCGGCUGGGCCUCAUGGGGGGACACCCCGGCCCUCAGUGGCCCCUGGGGGUCUCCAGCGCCCCGGAGCCCCUCGCCUGAGGCAGGGUCGCUGGUGGGGAGCACCCCCGGGAUGGCUGAUCCUGCCCUGCCAUCAGCCCUGGGGUUUCCCCAGGUGAACCUCUCGCCCUGCUGUCCCCCCCCGCUUGGCCAUCGCAUGGCUCCACCCGGCGUCCUCGUCCCCGCUGGCGGAGCCCAAAGCAGGUGGGAGCUUUGGGGACUGGUGACAUGGCGCUGCCAGCCCCACUGCUGCGCCAGCUCGUGCACGGGAGGGAACCGGCCGUCCCACCUCUCGCCGCCAGCCUUGCCAGCCCCGCAGCUGGGAGUUUCGCUGGCGCCUGCUGUAUUAGAUGUGGGUGACCAGGAGGUGUCCCUGCAACCUAAAGGUUGCUCUGGCCGAGCCUGGGGAGAUGUUGGCCUGACCUGCCGCGAGGUGGUGGCAUCUCUAUCUCCAUCCCCUCUCCGGUCUCUGUUUCCACGUCCAUCUCUUCUUUCCAGCAUCUCCUCUCUCCACAUCCAUCGCCCCUCCCUCCCUAUCAUCUCCUCUCCUGGCCUGGGCAAGGGAGCGUUCACACCCUCGGGAAUGACGUGCCUCCAGGAGGGGCUGAUAAAAGGCGCAGUUGGUGCCACCCCAGCAUCUCGCCCGGCCUCGUGCUCACCGCUGCCCCGAGGGCUGCGCGCCUCGGCCUGGUGCAUCUGCGGGGCUGCGAAGGUCGGGCCCUGCUCUGCGCGGUCGGAGCGGCGGGGCUGCGAGGGCCGGUGGCUGGGCGCGCUCGGGAGCUACCGCUGGCGUUAGCACGAGCUGGAGGAAACCGCCUGCUGAACCGCUGUCAGCUCCGGGUGCACUUGCAGGCCCCGGCGCCGGGAGGGGAGCACUGCCCCCCGGGCGGUGAAGAGCCGCAGGGCCAGGGCCGGGUGCGGAGCGUGCGCAGGGCAGGAGCGGGGCCGGAUGCCCGCGGUGGGCUGGGAGGCGCCAGCCGGGCCGGGACCCGCUUGCGCGUGGGUCUGCGGCUCGGGUGGUGGGGCACAGCGGGACCUGGGCAGGCUUUGGGAGCUGCGGGGCCGAGGGGGCUGUGAGCCUGCUGCAAACUCCGAUCCCCAUUCCUCCUGUUUGAGGGGCGUUUUUAUCCUCUGCAGCUCUUGGGAUGCCCAGAGACUCGUGGCUUUGCGGGCAGGCAGAUCACCUUGUGGCGGUGCCUCAGUUUCCCCUGCCGGGCACUGGGACUGCAUUUGCUCAGCGGGGCACACGGAGGUGUCCUCGAGCCCCCUCUGCUCCCGUCUCCGGAGCACGCGCGGCGAGUGCGGGGAUGUCGCGCAGCCCCCGGGUGUCCCGCAGAAACAGGAGAAGCCCUCCCCGCUAUUCUGAGCCGCGCUGCAAAGGCAGCGGCCGCGCCGGGAGAGCCGGCCGGGGCCCCCUUGGCUGCAGGGCCGAGCAGCGACACCAUCCCAAACGCUCCGGAUAAGCUCAGCUGCUUUCUCCCCCCGACCUGGGGAGGUGCUGGAGCACCUCGCUGGGCUAUCGCCUGCCGCGAGCCCCCUGUCCGGGGAUGCGCUGGUGCCGGCUCCCCACGUCGCCCCCCUGUCACAUGGGAGUGCUGGACCGCCGCAGGUGCAAGGGAAAAAGGGACCUGGAAAAGCUCCCAAAGAGCAGGUCCAAAGUGGGGCUGAAAAGCGGCCUUUUCUCCUGCUCUACGUGUCCUUGCAAACGGGGCUGGGGAGGGGACGCGCUCUUUGCCAUGUGCUGGCAAAUGUUUGUUGCGGGUGCAGAGCAGGCUCUGGGGAAACGGGCCCGCGGGCUAUUUCGAGGUCCCAGAUGGUGUUUGUCCAAGCUGGCCUCCUGUUUGCUGCCAGGACAUAAUUUUAGCAAAGGCAAACUGUUGUUUUUGACCUCCUUGCGCUGCGGUCAGCACAUCUGGCCAGGGCAGAGCGCGGGAUGUCGCGGGGCGCCGAGGGGGCCGGGCGAGAGCAGGACCGACCACGACGGCAGAGGCGCUGUGCCAUCGCUCCGAUGGCCCCGGGGAGCUGCUGGGGAAGCGGAGCCCACAAAAUAAGGGGAAACCUGUAUUUCCUGGCGCAGUUGGUGCUGGUGGUGCUGCACCCGCAGCCCCUGCUGGGGCUCAGCCGCCGGCGGGGCUCCCACGGCACUGGUGCCCCUCUCGUGCCGGGCUGUCCCCCGCCGCAGCGGUGCGGCCGGGCUCCCCCCUCCACCCGCGGCUGGCCGGCGUCGGGGAAAACCCUCCGGGCGACAGCCCUGGGGCUCCUCUCAUGCUGCAUGUGCUUGAAUAAAUAAUAAUUAAAAAAAAAAUUUAAAAAAACAGUUGACGAGCCCUCUGCAGAGCCGCAGCCCUCCCGGUGCUGGCAGGUCUCGCUGGGGCGGGCAGUUGCGCAGUGCGAAAAUCGACUUUUGGGUUAAAAGGCUUCCUAGAGCGCUCAAUGCGCAGGUGCCCGGGGCCCGGGCUGGGGAGCCCAGCACGGCCGCAUCCAGCGCGGCGAAAAGCAGCUCGCGCUGAGGAGCAGCCGCCGGUGCCGCUUCUGCCCACGCGCUCGCGGCCCUCCGCUGCGCUUUCCGGGCCCGUCGCUUCGGCAGCGGCUCCUAGCUGGAAGGUUCUUAACAUUAACCUUAAAAACUUGUGAGUCUUAAACGGUGAUGAAACAUAAAUAAAAUGUAUUUUCAAGAAAGGUA